GCGUCUGCUUGUGCCCUUUUCUGACGAGCUGUCGUGAUUUUGUUGAAAGUGGAUUUAUCUAUUUAAUAUUUACUGUAUUUUAUGAUUUUCCAAAAGAAUAAGUGUGUCAAGAAUGGAUAAAUGUGGAAUUUGUUUGAAACCUGCACAGCAACUCUUUGAAACGGGUACUGAUUCUGUGUAUGCCUGUUUCAAAUGUCAACCUCUUGUCCCUGAAGUGACAUUAGACGAUAGUGAUCCUAGUACUGCUGAGCAAUCUUCGAAUAAUGAAGAGUAUUAUUUUCAGGAGCAAACCAAUCACAAAUAUCAAUGUAAUGUAUGCCAUAAGUCAUUCCAGAAAAAUAUGCAGUUGCAAAAUCAUAUGCGGAAUCACCGUGCAGAGAGGCGAUUUGUCUGCACUUUCUGUAACAAAGCAUUCUCCCAAUCAAACAAUUUGCGCGCUCAUUUGCGCAUCCACACCAAUGAGCGACCCUACAAGUGCCAGGAGUGCGGCAAAGCUUUUACUCAAGUAACAAACCUCAACAACCAUGUCCGCCUGCACACAGGAGAAAGGCCUUUUGUGUGUCCCGAACCUGGCUGCGACAAGGCAUAUGCACAGGUGACAAAUUUAAACCAGCAUCGCAAGCGUCAUUUGUCUGGCCGCCCCUUAGAGACGUCAUACCAAUGUCCGAUGUGUGGUCAGAGCUUUGCGCAAAGGAACCAUAUGUACACGCAUAGACGUGAAGCCCAUUCGACGUUGAAGAGCCCGGUGCGGGUUCGUUUCCCGUGUUCCAUGUGCGACGUGAAGCUGCCUUCCGAGAGACUUUUGCAGGUCCACAUGGCCAGACACCACCAGGAGGAUGAAGAAGAACAGAUGCAAUAUAAGUGCGUGUUCGCAUCGUGUGGGGCGAUAGUGGGAUCUCCCCGCGAGCACACCGAGCACUUGUUACGAGCGCAUCAGUUGCGCGUACUCGCCACUCGUGCGCAGUCCCCACCCAAAAGGGGCCGACCGCCUAAGAUGAAGGACCCUCUGGAACUAGAUGACGAUGACCAAUCAGAAUUUGUGGUUCCAAUCAUAAAAGAGGAGCCUCAGUACAUCCCCAAGUUAAAAGUGCAAAGUUUAUUUCAGUGAGUGAAACAGACAAUAUUCCUGAUAAAUUAUAAAAGGCGUUAUAAGUACUCUGCGUGGUUGUUAAUUCUAGUGGCUCAUACAAGAUGGUCCUUCGAGCCGGAAUUUUUUUCCAAACAUUAUGUUGAAUAGGUGCUGGCUAUCUCAUUCAAUUUAAAAUAUCUUCAAUUGUGAUAUAGAUAUUUUAUACAGAUGUUGAAAUCAUUAACCAAUUGAUCCAGAAAUCUAACGAUUGAAUCUGUGUAAAAGUGAUAUAAACUUGACACACGCAGUGACGCUAUAGUAAAUGUUGCGCCGCGUAUUUAGAACAUGUACGCAUUUUGUAUAAAAAAAUGCAAUUUCGAUGGUUUAGAAUACAUUCCCAUCAUUUGAGUUUAAAAAAUUCUUGUAAAGGGAGAAAUAAUGAGAUUGGAGCGUUAUAGCAAUUUAUAAGUAAUAAUUAUCUUAUUCGCUUACCAUAAGUGGUUCUUACAUUAUUUAAUUAGUUAAUUUCAUAUAACGUAAUUAAGGUAUUGCUAAACUUUGGUUACUUAUCAAUCGACAAUUUUUUUGUUGUAUUACAUUUUAUAUACAAAUUAUUGAGAGUGCAAUAUCAUUUCUGUGUAAAAUAAAGAAAGGAAUACAUAUUUUUAGAUAUUAAAUAAUUAUAAGAGGUUAAACAUGAAUUCGCAAAAUUGUCAAAGUUGAAUUAGCGUUUGGCUGGUUAUCUUAAAAUAUCUAAUAUUUUUAUUGACCAAACAAAAUCCGAAUGAAUUAAUAUGAAUUUUAAUUAUUUAUAUUGUUUUAUGUCUAAUUAUUUACAUUAACAACCGACCAGGUUAGGUCAUAUUAAAGUUAUCGCUGAAUAAGCUGGCUAAAAGAGAUGCGCUGAAGUCGUUUUUAGGUACGCAAAAUCUCAAAAAAUAUUUAUCCAAAUUUGAUUUUCACUUCAGAAAAAGGCGUUAUAUUAGAGGGUAUAUAUUUAGGCUGAAAAUCACGCUUUGCACUUAUCGUGUAGGUAAAUAUUAAAUACUCUUAAUUAAAUGUUAAUGUGUAAUUUGAAUAUAGUUGAUUGGUCGGUUCGCGGAGAUAUAUGCUGACUGUUUAAUCAAAUAAUUAUGUACGUGAGAACCGGCAAUAAUUGCGUGUUAAUAAACGAUAUAGAUUAUCUUUUAUAAAAGCUAUAUUGUCAUGAGGAUUAAGCAAAAAUAGCCAUCCGUUAUUAAAAAAAAAGGAAAGUUAUAUUUUAUUUAAGACAUGAUUUUAUAAUGAAAAGAUCGCAAAUAUCAAUAUACUUUGUCAGUUAUUUUUACUUAGUUUUACUAAAGAUAACUGAGAAUUGCGUUUGUAUAUUUUAAGGUUUAUAGUUAUAGUUUAAAAUCGCAAUAUUAUUAUUUGAAAUGUCGAAUAUUUUUUUAUAGCAUUGAAUCGCUUUAAGCGGUCGGUAUAUUAUAAACCUAAAUAAAUACUACUUUAAAUUACAGCCGUAUUUUAACGAGAUUGUGUAUUUUGACAGCUGUCUAAAAAUACAGACUACACCUUGACUGUGCUGAGUUUUCUUCCGUGUUAUUUUAACGAUAGCAAUAUUAUCUUCAAGUACAUAGAUUAUAUAAAGUGAUUCUAAUAUAGACUAUAUGAUGACCGCAUUUGAUAGUUGAGAGCACAUGUUGAUGAAUAGAUAAGAAUUAUAGAAUAAAAAAGAUUUAAGUAUAAGGAAUACCUUUGAUGGAGCUCCUUUUAUACCAAAAUAGCUAUGAUGUAAUAAAUUAUUACUGUUUUACAUUGCCUUUAGCGAUUUUGUUCUGAUGUUGUUAAGUCAUUAUAUGGUUUUGCCGUUACAACUAUAAAUAUAGUUUACAUAUUCCGUUACUUAUACCGCCUACCAAGACUGACUGACCUCACCAUUUUUAUUUAUUUCCACGAUUAUCUUUAGGAGAAUUUCUGGGAAUAAGGACUAAAUGUCGAGUGUAAUCUUUGAUAGUUAAUUUCUUUUAAAUUCGGCCAGUCGCUGGAGCGAUGUCUGAACUGACAAAUCUUCUAAAGAACUUGUUAUACAAAAAAAUUACAACUUUGUCUAUUAUAUUAAACCCAUUAAACAGAUUUGUGAAGGUCGUUUUCGAUUUCCACAAGUGUAGUUAUUUUGGUAUAAAAUGCAGAACUUUAGUAUAAGGUGAAAAUGUUCCUAUGUGCGUCAGAGUGUGAGGUGGUGUUGUUUAGUACGUAGAUGUAAUAUAGUCGACCAUAAUGUAGCCUUGUUAAGUGCGACCGAGAUUUUUCUAUUAACAUACAUUUAUCUUCAAAUAUACAAUUUUAAAUAUAA